CCAAUCAGCGAGAAGUAUUGGAACACUAGCGGUAGUUUUAAAGUCAGAUAUAUACAUGCAGAGAAUUUAACGUCUGGAACUAAAUAUAUAACGUUUUGGCAUAAUCAAAAGAAGAAAGUAAACGUAAAAAAAAUGGAAGAGGUUGAUUCGGUACAGCCUCUUUCCAGAAAAGAGCUGCGUAAACAGAAGCUAAUGGAGUACUUGGCAGCAAAAGGAAAGUUAAAACUGCCAAAUUCCACAAAAGGGUCAUCUCUCCAUGCGGACUUUGAGCAACAGAAGGCUACUAAAACCGCUCAGAAGGUUGCAAUGGGAAAAGAAAACAAAGCUCCAACUGACAGAUUAAAAUGGCAGAGUUCCAGGGGUGAAACUUUUGUUCCUCAGCGCAGUCAGGACCCUCCCAGAAGGAGAGAAUUUGCUCUCUCUGACAAAGUGAAUGUGAGAGAUGGAAAGCAAAAUGUUGUAAGGCCAUCAUCCAAUAGAGUGUCAGCACAGCCUAAAGUUAAUCCCAUGCUCAGAAAAACUUACACUGUGUUACCUUCUAAAGCUAACUCAACCCUCAGUAGCACCCUCAAAAAGCAGCCUGACCCAGGAACUGAAACUAUAAGCAAGGUGCAGCCUAAUGCACAUUUUAUACACGGCGCAAAGUCAAAUUCCAAAUCAAUAUUGUGCCCGGCUGGAGCUAUGUCACGACCACUGGAAAUGACAAAUACUCGGAUAAGUAUCGGUCCACUCAUUAAAACCAAAACGGGACUUGUUCCUGCAGUGAUCCAACCAAGGAAUGAGAAAUCAAAUUCAUCAGAUCCACGUGGCACAAAACAACCAAGUUUUACAGCAAAGAGAGUGCAAUGCAGUAUGUCAUCAUCAGUGUCUGUUCACCACAGGCCUGUUUUGAUGCUCUCCUCAGAUUCAAGACCUAUGAGUAAAACGGAAGCUCAGAACAAGUCUAAACUUAAACCAGUGCCUCAUAAACAAACCCAACUGGCGGUAGGACAUGUGUCUGCUGCGCCAUCCAAGUUCAAAGCCACAACUGUCAAACCAGAGCAGAGAGCUUUAACCGGUAAAUCAGGACAGUCAACUGAGAGAUAUGUGAAGCAAAGAUCUGAAAUGAAUGAAAAGAAAUAUGCCCAAUCAGUAAAAGUUGAGGCUUCGACCGUCUCAAGGACAUCAAUCAAAGCCAGUUCAACAUCUGUUAAGACAAAAACACAGACUGUUGUAUCUAAAGGUAGGGGGCAAACUCAGAUGAAAAAAGAGAUGCAAAGAAACAUGCAGAAAACUAGCAGAAUUCUUCCAGUUCCUGCCCCUACAAAAUGUACAGCUGCUGCAAGGGUUUCCCAGACGGCACCACAGCCUUCCAGGUCCAUCAGUGUCAUAAACCAGCCUGCAGCGAUGAAGACACCAAAGGCCAAGGUUAAAGUUGUUCCCCAGACUGAAGGAAAGAAACAGAGCUCUGCUCAGAAGGAGAGAAUGAGGAAGCUCCAAGAAUGGCGCGAAUCAAAGGGGAUUUCCUACAAGCGUCCUCCAAUGCCCGUGAAACCUUCGGUCAAACGCACCGUGUCUGUGCCCCAGCCCUUCUGGGCUUCCAUGAAGCUUGAAGACGAUGUCCAGUCCCUCAUCUCUGCAGUCGACACCUGUCUAACUGACUGCAUAAAACUACUGGCUGAGGGCUGCCCUCCAGAGCAGGUGAAGGACGUUGUCUCACGCCUACCAGCGGUGUCUCAGAAGUUUGCCAAAUACUGGAUCUUUCAGGCCCGUCUGAUGGAGCGAGAGGGCAACUUGGACAUACUGCCCAUGUUUGAAGAGGCUGUUGGAGUUAUAUUGGAGCCAGUGGAUGAGCUGCGAACAGUGGUGUUUGACAUUCUGAAGAGGAAGGACAAAGUCCAAGAUGAGGAACAGAAAGAUGACUUUCCAUCCCCUGAAGCGUCUCCAGACGAUGGCAACAACCCAUUGAGGACACCUAAACCUGUCCGAAUUCUUGUUGAGGGAGAGAGAGGAGACUCCUCCGUGGUCAAGUACAAGGUCACUGCAACUCCAGGUGGCCCAUCCAGUCGGCAGAACAAACCAGUAAGAGUCAACGGGCAGGAGGUUCGCUUCUUCACCCCGGUUCGACGGUCCGUGCGGAUCGAGAGAGCCUCACUCCGAUACCCAUCAUCCCUCCAGGACCAUGAUGUCUGCGUCAGCUUGUGCGGCGACAGCAUCUCAGAGGGAGUCAAGGAAAACAAUGAAGAACAAUCCAGCGAGCAAAGCAACAAACCCUUGUACUUUUACAGAGAGAACGAAGCACUUGGGGACAAAGUCUCGGUCAAGCUCAUCCUUGAUGACAGUUUUUAAAUCUGCUUACUUUAUCACAUUUUAACAUUCUUAACACAAAGAUUGUUCUUACAUUGUAAAUGCUUAAAUAUUCAAAAGUUUUUUUUCUGCUCAUCAAUACAGAACUUUGCAUCUGAACCUGUGAACAUGUCAUAAAAUGUUUCUAUGUUGCUAAUAAGGUUUCAGAUUGAUCUUUUUAUACUUCUAUGUUUGAAGAAUGGUGCAUUAAAAAGCAGCUACCUAA